GGGCAGCAGAGCAAGAAGCAGAGCCUGCUGUCAGAGCGUCAGCAGCGGUUAGCUCGAUGGCUAACAAACAGCAGCUGAGCGCAGAGAUUCACGGCCAGUUCACUCAGUGUAACGUUGUCGUUUAAAUGGGCGUUUCUCGCGUAACGUUAUCAAGAACCAGGAAGUGUAAUUUUCUAACACAGUGGUGUUUUCUGUCGGCUCUCUGCGGUGAACGGGGGACGAGAGGACUGGAUAGCUAGCUCCUGUUAGCCUGCCAACGCAAUGGCCAACAGAUGUACCCCAGAUGAUAUAAGGCACUUCUGCCUCUAGAGACCAAGAUGACUGAAGUCCAGGCAACAGUGGAGUUCUCUGUGGAGCUCCACAAGUUCUACAACGUGGACCUGUUUCAAAGAGGGUUCUACCAGAUCCGUGCCAGUCUGAAAGUGCCACCUCGGGUCCCACACAAAGUUGAGGCCAGUCUACUUCACCCGGGAGGCUCUGAUCUGGCAUUUCCUGCUUCAAUCCAAGACGAUGUAAUCAGCAGCAAAACUUUCCAAAUCCUGUACAAGAAUGAGGAGGUUGUCGUCAACGACGUCCUCAUCUUCAAAGUUAUGAUGCUGCUUGAUGAGAAAAAGGUGGAGGAGUCCCUCAAUGACAUGGAUUUUCAGCUCUUCUUGGAUUUAUAUUUCACAGAUGGUGAUUACACGCCAGAUGAUCCAAGCUCUCUGCAGAAUAUCAGCAGCCGCACUCUUCGUUUGCACUUUAGCCUUCAGCGAGGCAUCCACCAACAUGUCAAUGUCAUGUUUGACUAUUUCCACCUGUCUGUCAUCUCUGUAGCCAUCCAUGCCUCCCUAGUGGCAUUACAUCAGCCCCUUAUCAGUUUGCCUCGACCAGUGAAAACCACAUGGCUUAACCGCAACGCUCCAGCUCAGAGCAAAGACUCAGUCAUCCCCCCUUUGGAGAAUGUGGUGUUCGGCAGCAGUUACGUCAAGCAAGUAUCACCAGAUGGCAGGACGUUCUUGGUAUCGGACCACUGUCUGCAGCAUGCCUUCGGUCUACACAACAGCCUUUGCUCCAAUCUCCUUCAAGCUUACAAGGGUCUCUUUGAUUACUUCACCUCUAUAACCAAGGACCUGCCCUCCUCCCAUCGCAUGGAACUAGCCAAGCCCAGCAUGCAAGUCCUAUAUGAGAGAGUACUCAGAAGACCCUAUCCCAGAAGUCAAAGGCACGUCUACAUAGAACAACUCGACUUAGAGGCCCGCCUUGCUGAUUUAUGUGACCAAGUCAAGCAGAAAGCCGAGUCUCCUGAUGAGCUGGCAGAACUGGUCAAUAUGAACCUGGCUCAGCUCUGCUCCCUGCUCAUGGCACUCUGGGGACAGUUCCUGGAGGUCGUGUCCCUGCAAGAGCAUGUUGCUGCCCUGUUAGCUAUGGAGCAUCACACACUAAGAGUAAGACGGUUUGCUGAGGCUUUCUUUUGUCUUGAACAUCCAAGACAAUCUGCACUGGCCUAUCAGGAACUACAUGCUCACAGUCACCAGCAGAUGACUAAUGCUAUCAAAAGCUCCAGCUACUUCCUGUCUUUGCCUCCUCUUCCAGUGGAAUGUGUGGACCUUGAUGGUGAUGUGAGCUCACUGCCAAUCAUCUUUGAGGAUAGAUAUCUGGAUUCAAUCACCGAAGAUCGUGAUGGACCUUGGCUUGGCGUGCAAAACACGAGGACUGGCUCAGCGUCCAGCAAAUUAGACAAGCCCAGCUCCAAGGACUGCAGUGCAGCAGCCAGCCCCAUACCCGAGUCUCGCUGUGCCCCUACGGAUAACACCUGGCCAGACAGCUAUGAUCCACCACCUAAGUCCAAAGGGAAGUCAGUCAAACUGAAGAAAAACUCCAAGACCGAUAACUCCAAGAAGCUUAUUAGACAAGGUUCAAAAGACUCUGUAGUUCUGGUGGGUUAUAAGAACCUCAAAGCUCCUUUUAGUGACACCAGUGCAAAGUACAAGGAAGGGGAGGCUCCUCUCAACCAGGAACAACAAGAUACCUUACAGGGUGACUCUAGUCAUUUAAGGACUAAUGCCAAUUCUGUUUUCGACUCUGGUGCCACAUCAACACGUACUGUUGACUCUGUUACAGAUGACAAUGUAACUACUGCUGCUUUUCAAAAAGGUUUUUUCAAAAAUCCAACAAAGUGGGACGGACAGAAUAAUCCUCAGGCAGGUACUGGGGCUAUUGCUAAAUGCAACCAACCACUUCAAAAAGAUGAACAAGCUGACCACAGUGGCAAAAAGCUACCACCACAGUGGUCCUCUGGGCUGAAGCAAAUCGAGGUGAAGCCAAGUAACAAGGACCCAUACCAAGGAGACAAAGUAACGGUUCUGCUGCCGUGUCGAACCGAUGGCACUUUCAGUCGUAACGUUCCCGAGAUCACCCAGUCAGACCUCUGUGAUGCAAAACAGUCCAUGUUUGACUCUAUAUUUGAAAGACCAAGUAAAGAAGCUGCACAGCAAAGUCAGUCCUGUCUAGUCUCAGUAAAGGUUAAGAGUGAUUGUAUCAGGCUGCCAGAUGGAGCAGCCCCUAGUGCCUCGUCUCGCCUUUCAGAUUCAGGAAUUGAUAGCGAGUCCAGCUCCUUUGCCACUCACUUUGUCACAGGACCGCCAUCCAGUGCAGGUCCAGGUACUGUUGAAUCCAGUGUUGCUGCCACACAGCCGACAGAGAGGCCUCUAUUGAGCCCCGCGACGCGGCCUGUUCAGCACAGCUCGGUGCAGAAGCCUGGUGGGGCUGCAGAAAAUCUUUAUCCAGAAAAUACUAGCGCUGUCAGUGGAGUCCAGUCCUCUCUCACUUCCAUUAACUCCUUACCUUCUGAUGAAGAGGGCGAAGGGUCCUCUAGAGGCUCUAGUGGAGCUGAAGUCAGAGGCAGGAAGUCCAGUGUCCUGGUGCAGGAGCAGAGUCUAGUUUUCUCUGAGGAUAUCACAAACAGACCGGCCAUCGACGCGACCGGCAACCCUGAGCCAGUUUCAGAUUCCAAACUUGUAAAACCUGCCUUUGACUUUGAAACGGACUCCAAAUUGAUCGGCUUUUCUGAAGUUGGACAGGAGGCGGCGGCUAGUUCUGGGGCCAGUAAAGAAUCCCGUAGUGAAACCAACACCGCCUGCCCCUCCAGUAAUUCUGGCACCAGCAGCACUGACCUGGUAAAGCGUGGGAUGGUAGAAAACUACUUUGGCUCGUGUUCUAGCACCGAUGUGUCAGAGAUCAGCCCUGUAGAGACAUCUGCUAUCACGCUGGGCAUCCAGACUGCACCGGCGCCGGCUGAGGAGGACGAGGAAGAGACAGAGCAUGAGAUGAUCGAGAACGGCUACUACGAGGAAGGCGACGGCUACGCUUUUGUGAACGGCGUCGCCGACGAGGAGCAAAGCGGGGCUGACGCAGCCGCUCAAGAGACAAGUCUUAUUUUUGAACAUCUUGGCAUAGGUUACAUCCAUGAAACAAAAGAUCUAUCGAAAGCUCCCAUCUGCUCCAACCAAGCCUCUAGUGGGUACACUUUGGCAAGACCCCCUUGUCCCUUCACUUCCUUUUCCAUCAAUCUGCGGUGGUACGAAUGUGCACCCACGCCGCACAUGAAAGCGUUCAUUAAAGCCAAGGAAGACAUGAAACAGCUGAAGCUCCCUGGCUUCCUGUAUAGUGAGGUACCUGAGCUGGCAUCCACCGUGCCCUACUUUAGCUUGGAGGAAGAUGAAAGCUGUGAAGAAGGCAUCCAUCUCAUAGUCUGCGUCCACGGCCUGGACGGUAACAGUGCAGACUUGAGACUUGUGAAGACUUACUUGGAGCUUGGACUUCCUGGGGCUCGUAUAGACUUCCUCAUGUCUGAGAGGAACCAGAAUGACACCUUUGCUGACUUUGAGUCAAUGACAGACCGAUUGCUGGAUGAAAUAGUCCAGUACAUCCAGAUAUACAACCUCACAGUGUCAAAGAUAAGCUUUGUGGGUCAUUCUCUGGGUAACCUUAUAGUUCGCUCUGUGCUAACUCGGCCAAGGUUUAAAUGCUACCUGAGCAGACUGCACACCUUCCUUUCCCUCUCUGGACCUCACCUGGGCACGUUGUACAACAGCUCUGCUCUCGUCAACACAGGUCUUUGGUUCAUGCAAAAGUGGAAAAAGUCCGGGUCGCUCCUGCAGCUGACGUGCCGUGAUCACUCGGACCCUCGCCAAACUUUCCUCUACAAGCUCAGCAAGAAAUCGGGUCUCCAGUUUUUCAAGAAUGUGGUGCUGGUGGGCUCGCUGCAGGAUCGCUAUGUUCCCUAUCAUUCUGCUAGAAUAGAAAUGUGCAAAACUGCAUUAAAAGACAAACAAACAGGUCCUGUGUAUGCUGAGAUGAUUGAGAACCUGCUGCUGCCAGUACUUCAGAACAAAGACUGUAAUCUAGUGCGAUACGAUGUCAUUCAUGCUCUGCCCAACACAGCCAACUCCCUCAUAGGCCGAGCCGCCCACAUCGCCGUCCUCGAUUCUGAGAUCUUCCUGGAGAAGUUCUUCCUCGUCGCAGGCCUCAAGUUCUUUCAGUAGAAUGGAGCGAGAAUCGAAACACGUGGCUGGAGAUGAGGAAUGUGAAGCUAAUACCUCACUGCAUCUAAACCUUAUUCUGAUUUUUGGUAUUUUAAUUAACUCUUACUUUUUUCUAUAUACAUGUAAUCUCUUUUUAAAAAGCAUAUGAGCAAAAUCACAAUUUCUCUCAUUUCAUGUUUGAAUCAUGGUGACUAUGGAGAUUGCCAGUUUUAUUUUUCUACUGCCAUUUUCAAAAAAUUUCUUUGUUCUCGUUUGGGAAAUGAUUUCCUCCACCAUAUGCUCUAUUUUCAGUGUUAUUUAUGUGUUCUGUUUUCACUCUUUAAUUAUUCUUUCUCCAAGUUAUUGACGUCAUAUUAGAUACUGAACUGGAAAUGUAGCUGCUACAAAAAUGAAAACGGCUGUUUUUGGUGAGCUGGCCCAAGUCAAGUCUGCACAUACAGUCCUCACCAUGGCAAAUGUUUUCCCACCAGUUCAAAGAGGCACUGCAUUGAUUUGCACCACGAUUACAUUUUACAAGGUUUUGUACUGAAAAUGGUCAUUUGUACAACUUACUUUUUUAUCAACGAUUUUCCAUCAUUUUUAAAAGGCAAAGGUUGCAUUUGAAAUAGGAUUGUUGCUCGGACUUUGCAGCCUCGGCUUUGGUCUUUUAUGCUGUUUCUUACCGUUGCAGCAUAGUAUUUGCCCAGCCUGGUGUUGGGAGAACAAGCUAUGACAUAACUACAUUUUAUGAAAGGGGUUUUAAGAUAUGCUCAUGAUUCAGCAGAAGCACAUGUUGGUGAUAUGAACUUGUUUUAUUGAAAGUAUUUGGUCAGUAUCUCUAGUGGUUAUUUAAGUGUUUCAACUGGAAAGUAUUGCUUGAAAUUAAAAAAAAAAAUGUUUCUUGGAAAAUUGUUUAUAUAUCGUCAUACUCUACCAUUAAAUAUGCAUAUUAUAAACUUGUUUAAAUGACCUUUCUUUUUUCACUAGAUUUAGGUUUAGGAGAGUCAGGUGAUCUCAAAUGUUGUUCACUAAACACUCAAGCCUAGAUUUGACUUACCGUACAUUGAGUCAUGUUUCCUCACUUGAUUCGUUUUUGUUCAUAUAUGGUUAUCCUAGUGGUGCUGUUGGUGUAGCGGUUAGGUCGUCCCAUAUGCAGAAGCUUUAGUCCUUCAAGCGGGCGGCCCGGGUUCAAGCCUCCCGCAUGUCAUUCCCCACCCCCCCCCCCUCUCUCUCUCUCUCUCUCCCAGUUUUCUUCCUCUAUCAACUGUCCUAACAAAUAAAGGCAAAAAGACAUUUAAUAAAAAACUUUAACAUUUCAUUAUUUUCAAAAAAAAUCAUUAAAGGCAUUUCUAUCAUCAGUCCUGCAGGUGGCAGUGUUAUCACAGAAAGCUCUUUUGUUAUGGAUCCAUAGUAAUUGUGCGAUGUGUGUAAAAAUGUCAAAGCUCGUACUGUUUCAACAUGAAGUGUCAUAAUUAUGUAUUUGUUUCCCCCUCCCAUUAUGUAAAGUCUGCACAGUGAAUACAUUGUAUAGUUUUUAUUGCACAUAACACAGUCCUGCUCUCCAUCUUAUUUUAUGUACUUAGGACAUUUUAUCCCCACUGAAGUGUUGUGUUUUUAGGCAUAAAACGUUUGGAAGCCGUUGUGCUACAAACUGAUGGGAAACUACUGUUUUUUUUUGUUCUGAAAAUGGUAGUUUUUAUGUGAGUGAUGGACAAAGAAAGAAUGAGGCAACUUGUGGAAAUGAUGGUGGAGUCAUCUGAGUAAUAAAUAGGACUAAAAGAGUUCUUCCUGUAAAAUAAUAAAUAUGUACCAAUUUA